GCUUCGAGAGACCACCCGCAUCAUCGAGGUAAAACAGGCUGCAGACCCCACAUUUGUAAGCUCCCACGUGUGUAAUGGUGACCAGGAUACGCGCCGCGCUGCUGCUCGCGCUGGCGCGCGUCGGGGCGCUCGUCGCGCCGCCCUCCCUGCGGAGACGACCGGCCCCACGUCAGGCGACGGCGGUGCAGGACCUGAGCGGCGACGGCGGCGUGCUGAAGACGGCGACGACGGGCGACGGCGCGCCGGCGUUCGGGAACGACGGGGACGUCGCGUUACUGACGUACGAGGCGCGGACGGCGUCCGGCCAAUUGCUGGACAGGGGCGUGCAGACGCAGUACACCGUCGGCGACCAGCAGUUCAUCCCGGGCUGGGAUCUUUGUAUUCGGAGCCUCGCGGUCGGGGAGCGGGCGUCCUUCGCCGUUUCCAGUGAUUACGCGUACGGUAUCCAGGGCGUCCCGCCCGCGGUCCUCGCGAACGAGCCGCUGACCUUCGACGUGACCGCUCUGGAAUAUCGGGGCAACAUCCAGACGUCGGCGAGCUUCGCGAGCGACGCGCCGCUGACGCCGCGGACGCCCGGCUCGAUCAAGGCCGAGUUCGAACGACGGCAGGCGGAAAAAGCGGUCCGCGCGUCGAGCGACCGCGCGCUCCGCGACGAGCGCGACGCCGAGGCCUCGCCCCUAGAUCAGGUGAAGAACGCGUUUGGGGACCUCGGCGACAAGUUCUUCGGCGACGAGGGCUUUUACUUCUUCGGCUUCUUCGAGUCGGCGACGGGCGAGGAGGCGCCCUGGUACCUGAAGCCCUACCUGACCUUCCCGGCCAUCUUUUUGGGGGUGGCGCUGAGUUUCUACGGGCUGCUCCAGACGGACGUGAUUGUAUUGAGAGGCGACAACAGCCCCAUCCCGGGGCAGCAGGGCUUCACGCUCUCCGACUAAUAUCA